UUCAAAGUAAUAUUAAAUUAAUCUUCGGAAAAUAUAAUCAAAUUCAUCCUUAAACACUGUGACAUAAUUGUUACACAUUUUAGGCAUACAGAAUUGAAUGUGAAAUUUUGUUCUUUCGUCCACUAAAUUGUCCAUCGCUUUUAAAAUCUCAAAUCACUAACUUUAGUUUUUCUCAUUAGCAGUGCUGCAAGUCGGGUUGUUUUUCUGUCUGUAUAGUUCAGCUGCAAGAUAAUACUGGGCUUCAUAACUUACAAUGUGUCAAAUUACAAUGCGACGGCGGCCUGGGGAGUCGCGCUGCGGCUUUCGUUAUCGCUGUUCGUAGAUAAGCUUCCUCCUGUGUGGUGGAAGCGGCGCGGGAGGUGGUGUGGUUCAAUAAUGGGGAGUGUUUUAAUCUUUUUCUAUUAUUAUGCGGUGCAGAUAAUAAUUGUGGGGCUGUAGGAAUCAAAAGCCUUCAUGUGAAGAGCACAACAUAAACAAACCCUUAAGCCGUCAACCACCUUCGACGCCGCAGAGGUUUGAUAUUGGUUUCAUUUGUUGAAGUUGAGAAUGACGGAGAUGGAGAUUGAGGGCGAGAAACAGCAGAAGUUCGUUGUGGAUCUCGGCAACCUCGUGGCUUUCGACUCCAAUCACACUUUCCCCUCUCAACCACCUCUUUCCAGGGAGGAAAUCGUCAAGCAGUGUUUGCUGAAAGGCACUCACUUGGUUCAAGCUAUCGCAGAUGCCCUCUUCACCUUACCAUCAACGGAAGAUGUAGAUGGCCCCCUUGUCAACUUGCCUACGCCACUAACUAAAUUGCCAAGAGAAAAACAUCUUCCAAAACCUAAGCCUCCUACUAAAUGGGAAGUUUUUGCCAAAAAGAAAGGCAUACAGAAUCGGAAGAAAGACAAGAUUGUGUAUGAUGAACAAUCUGGAACCUGGAAACGGAGAUUUGGGUAUGAUCGUGCAAAUGAUGAAGACGCUGUACCUAUCAUUGAGGCAAAAGAAACUGAUGAUCCAGCAGAGGAUCCUUUUGCAAAAAGAAAAGAAAAUAAGAAGAAAAGAAUUGAAAAACAAGAUAAAAAUCGACUACAGAACUUGAAAGAAGCUGCUAAAUUUGGUGCUUUACCAAGCCAUGUUCAGUUGGCGGCUACAGCUUUGCCUAUAACAGGAACUCAGGCAGCGCCCAAGAAAGUUACAAAGGAUGAACUAGGUAAUGUAGCAGGAAUCGCAGCAACUGCAACAGCCAGUGGUGGGAAAUUUGACAAGAAAUUGCCGGGUGAAAAGCCUGCAAAACAUAAAGGAAAAUAUCGAAAGUUCUUGCCAGUGGUGGAAGGAACCGGGAUAGGAUCACAAGAGAGGGAGCAAACUGAAAAAAUAUUGAACAAAAUCAUCUCCAAGAAUUCUCACAACAUACUAAAUGUUGAAAAGGCCGUCACAAUGCACAAUGUGAAGAAAGAGAAGAAACGAAGGAGCGAGAAAGGGAAGGCUUCACCAGCUGACAACAAAUUGAAACCUGAGAAAAAGUCUUUUAAAAAAGGAAAUUUCAAGAAAAAGGGAGAUUUCAAGAAAGGAAAAGGGAAAGGAAAAUAAUUUAGAUUUUAUUAAAACAAGUUUUUGCAGAGUUAUCGGAAGCUCUAUUUACUAGUUUCAAGUUUUGUAGUCUAAUUUCAUAUUACGAUUUGUAACCUGAGAAAGAGUCUCUUAAAAAGGGAAAAAUUUCAAGGCAAGGCGGGGGAAUAGUUUAGAUUUUAUUGAAACGAGUAUUGUAGAGAUCUUGGAAACUGUUUAUUGGUUUCAAGUUUUGUAGACUAGUUUCUAUCUGUUGCUAUCGUCUUUAUUUCCCA